AUGGCCACGCAGUUCGAGUUCGACGAGUCCAUCAAGGGCGCCCUCCCGCCCGACUUCACCUGGGGCUUUGCAACAGCCGCCGCCCAAGUCGAAGGCGCCUGGGACAAAGAUGGCAAAGGCGAGUCCAUCUGGGACAAGUUCGCCCACACACCAGGCAAAGUCAAGGACGGAAGCACAGGCGACGACGCCGUGCGCUCCUACGACCUGUACAAGACAGAUGUCGCCCUCAUGAAGCGCUACGGCGUGAGCGGGUACCGCUUCUCCCUCUCCUGGUCGCGCAUCAUCCCCCUCGGCGGCAAAGACGAUCCAGUCAACGAGGCAGGCAUCGCCUACUACAACCGCCUCAUCGACGAGCUCCUCGCCAACGGCAUCACCCCCUUCGUCACCCUCUUCCACUGGGACACCCCGCAGGCGCUCGAGGACCGAUAUGGCGGCAUGCUUGAUAAAGACCGCUACACGCCCGACUUUGUCCGCUACGCCCGGAUCUGCUUCGAGCGCUUCGGCGACCGCGUCAAGAACUGGAUCACCUACAACGAGCCCGGCGUGUACACCCUCGCCGGCUACGCGGCGGGCGUGCACGCCCCCGCGCGCUCCAGCUUCCGCGAGCUCAACGACGAGGGCGACUCCAGCACGGAGCCCUUCAUCGUCGCGCACACCGAGCUGGUCUCGCACGCGUACGCCGCGGACAUGUACAAGAAGGAGUUCCAGCCAACGCAGCAGGGCACCGUCAUGAUCACGCUGCACGGCAACUGGUCUGAGCCCUGGGACGCGGCGGACCCCCGCGACGUCGAGGCCGCCGAGCGCGCGCGCGAGUUCGAGAUUGCGUGGUUCGCGGACCCGCUGUACAAGACGGGCGACUACCCGGCGUCGAUGCGGGCGCAGCUCGGAGACAGGCUGCCGCGAUUCACGCCGGAGGAGAGCAAGCUCGUGCUGGGCAGCUCCGAGGUGUACGGGAUGAACUCGUACUCUGCGUUCUACGUGCGCCACCGCGACGGGCCGGCGGACAUCAACGACCACAAGGGCAACAUUGAGCAGUUUGACGAGAAUAAGCAGGGCGUGCCGCGGGGGCCGAUGAGUGACACGUACUGGCUGCGCACGACGCCGUGGGGGUGGGCGAAGUUGCUGCGCUGGAUCUGGAACCGGUACGGCGUGCCCAUCUACAUCACUGAGAACGGGACCACGGCACAAGGCGAGCACGACUGGAAACCCAAGGGGCCGGACGACGUUCUCGAAGAUCCGUUCCGGAUUGACUUCUUCAAGAGCUAUUUGACGGAAGUAGCCAAGGCUUCGCAGGAGGGCGUGGUGAUCAAGUCUUACUUUGGGUGGACUUUUACGGACAAUUGGGAGUGGGCGGCUGGGUUCUCAGACAGGUUCGGUGCGACGUGGAUUGACUUUGAGAGCCCCGAGAAGACGCGGUAUCCUAAGCGAUCUGCGUUGUUCCUGGGCGAGUUCUUCAAGCACUUGAUUCGCAGUGAGUAG